CUACUAGGCGCGCGAAUGUUUGUUUUGAGAAAUAAAUAAACUAAGUAUAAAAUGAGAACUGCUAGAUUAUUCCGUGAAAAUACAAAGAAAUUAAGAAUUACUGUUCCUAGAUUUUACUGUGAUAUAUUACCUUCCAGUAAAGUUGUUAUAAUAAAAAAGAAACCUGAAAAUAAUGAAGACGUUAACCUCAAAAAGGAAAAAGUUACGAAAAACGAAAAUGUUCAACAACAAGAUGAAGAAUAUAAUACUAUUUCUAGUAAUUCAGAGGAAUUUAGAGUUAAUGAAGUUAAUAUACAAAUGAUAUCUAAAAAUAUCUAUGAGCAGUUGUUUAAAAAACCUAGUCAAAGAGUGGAUCCCCAAGUGAUAAAAAGUUGUCAAGACAGUCUUCUAAGGCAUGGCAUAGACUAUAAAAAAUGCAGUCACCUACCAGAUGUGCAACUAAAGCUACCUAAAUUAGAAGGAAAUGAUGUUGUGGAACAUUUUUAUAACAUUGGGGAGCAGCAAAGCGCCCCAUAUAGAGAGUUACUGAAGAGAUUGGCUAGCUGUGAGUUACCACCAAUGCCAAAGAAAUGGUCAAAAACUUCUGGAUGGACAAAAUACUCUGGUGAAUCUCAAGAGUCAGUAGCAUGCCCACCUGACAAUGCUUUGAUCUUUGAUGUGGAAGUUCUUAUGUCUGCUGGCAAAAGGCCCACUUUGGCUUGUGCGGUGUCCACAGAUGCGUGGUAUGGCUGGAUAAGUGAACCGCUCGCUAAUGAUGAUCCGCAUAAGGUAUUUGACAACAUAAACUAUGAUGAUUUGAUACCUUUGGAAACUGAUGAUCGGAAACCUGUUGGGGAUCUAAACCGGUAUAGGAUUGUAGUUGGCCAUAAUGUAUCUUUCGACAGGGCCAAAAUUAAAGAACAGUACUGGCUGGAUAGAACAGGUGUGCGGUUCAUGGAUACAAUGUCAAUGCAUACAUGCGUCAGUGGAGUCACCAGCUACCAACGUACUGUGCUGAAAGCGAAGAACAAGGAGCCCCACCCAUCUGAUGAUGACUGGAUAGAGAUCAGCUCACUGAACAAUUUAAGUGAGGUACACAAACUCUACUGCGGUACACCGGUAGAUAAACAAACUCGGGACAUAUUCGUGGACGGCACUAUGCAAGACGUUCACGAAAACUUUCAAACAUUGAUGCAGUACUGCGCCAACGAUGUAGUGGCUACCCAUGAAGUGUUGAAGGAACUUCUGCCAUUAUUCUUACACCGGUUCCCUCAUCCUGUCACCUUGGCUGGUAUGCUGGAAUUAGGGUCAGCUUAUUUGCCCGUCAACUCAAACUGGCUCCAAUACAUUGACUCAGCAGAAACAGUUUUCGAAGAUUUAAAAUUAGAAUCUAGGCAGAUAUUGUCUAUGAAAGCCGAUGAAGCUUGCAGUAUGCUCAACGACAAUUCUUAUAAAAAAGAUUUGUGGAUGUGGGACCAAGAUUGGUCAGUACAGAACCUAAAGCUAAAAAAGAUAAACACAAAAAAGAAAAAAGUUAUUAAAGAAAAAUCUGAUCAAAAUAAUGAAAAUAGUAAAUUAGAAAAGAAAAUAAGCAUCACACAUAAAACGCCCAAUGAAAAUAUUCCUAAACCAGACCUAUCAAAGUUCGAAGUUUUAAAUGAGGAAUACAUUCGAUGUUUAGAAGAUUUUCAAAAUAGUUCGACGGAAAACAACGAGGAAGUUAUAGAAGAUCUGAGCAAGGAGUUUGAAUAUUUAUUCGAAUUAGGUGAACAUUUGCCUGUAAAGAGGCCGUAUUUGCCCGGUUACCCGGCGUGGUAUAGGAAAUUAUGUACGAAGCCAGGCAAGGAUCCUGAGUGGUCGCCUGGGGCUAAUAAUAUAACAACUAGCAUGCAAAUAACGCCGAAGCUACUCCGCUUAUCAUGGGAAGGGUACCCACUCCACUACAUCAAGGAGGAAGGUUGGGGUUUCCUAGUGCCCUACAGCCGACGGCGUAGUGAAGAUGCAGAGGAGCCACUGGUCCCAAUAGAUGAAUUACUACAGGCCUGCCCUCUGACAUUCUGCAAGGACUCUGAAUUCAAACCCGAUGUUUAUACGCUGCCGAAAAAUGUUGAGGAGGACCUAGGCAGGCGUGCUUAUUACGCUCGAAAGAAGAAAGACGAGCAAGCAGCUGCCAACCAGUACCAUGGACUGGGCGUAUGGUCCGGAAUCGAUGUUCAAGGCUGUUGUCAUUUUUUACGUCUGCCUCACAAAGAUGGACCGAAGUAUAAAGUAGGCAAUCCAUUGGCUAAAGAUUUUCUUGAGAUGUUCAGUCAAAACGUGCUGUCCGCACAAGGGAAUGAAGCUGAAAAGGUUCUAACGUUUGGUCGUAUGAUGUCGUACUGGCGGAACAAUAGGGAGCGUAUACUGAGUCAGCAGGUAGUGUGGUUGCCUGACGAGUUUCUUCCCCCAAGUUUGCGCAGUACUUGGAAGAAAUAUGGCGCUAUAAUACCCCAGGUGGUCGUCUGUGGGACGCUGACGAGGCGUGCUAGCGAACCGACUUGGAUGACGGCGAGUAACGCACACAAGGAACGCGUUGGAUCAGAAUUGCGAGCCAUGGUUCAGGCGCCGCCCGGACACAAGUUUGUGGGCGCUGACGUUGAUUCACAGGAGCUAUGGAUAGCAGCGUUGUUAGGCGAUAGUACCCUGGGUUUAUGUGGGGGCAGUGCCUUCGGCUGGGCAGUGCUCGCUGGGGACAAAAGCCGAAAGACCGACCUACACUCAUUAACAGCUACCGCGGCCGCCGUCUCACGAGACCACGCCAAAGUUAUCAACUACGCACGAAUAUACGGUGCUGGACAAAAUUUCGCGGAGCGAUUGCUAAAGCAGUUUAAUCCGACGAUGACGAUAUCGGAAGCUAAGAGUAAGGCAGCUAAGAUGUUCUCUUCGACUAAAGGGAGACGCGUGUAUCGGUUGAAGAAGCAGUAUAUGGAAGGUUUCAUGGAAGAAGAUUUGGAUGAACAGGUGGUAGAAAUGACUUCGUACCAAGCGAUGCGUUUAGCAAAGAUUAGCGGGAAGAAGCUGGAUGACAUGUUCGAGAGACCAAAGUGGGUGGGAGGGACUGAAUCCGAUAUGUUUAACAAGCUGGAAGAAAUUGCCGAUUCCGAGGGUCCAUCGACGGCGUUUCUAUCAGGUCGAUUGUCUCGCGCGUUGGAGCACGCCCAGGGUCGAUGGGGCGGCACCCGCCUCAACUGGGCAGUGCAAAGCGCUGCCGCUGACUUCCUACAUCUCAUGCUAGCUAGCAUGGCUCAUCUAGCUCCGAAAGCCAGGUUCUGCCUCAGUUUUCACGAUGAGGUCAGAUAUCUUGUGUCUGACGAAUACAAGUAUGAAACAGCUCUAGCACUCCAAAUAACUAAUCUUCUGACAAGAGCGUUUUGUUCACAACGAGUUGGUAUAAAUGAUCUGCCGUUAUCAGUAGCUUUCUUCACAGCGGUUGAAGUUGAUCAAGUGUUAAGAAAAGAGUCCAAUCUCGAUUGUACCACACCAUCCAACCCUCACGGCUUAGAUAAAGGCUACGGGAUCCCUAAUGGCGAGUCUUUAAAUAUAUUUGAAGUACUGGACAAAUGUAAAUUGAAUAAAUCUGUUGAAUAAAUUGUA